GAUAAGGACAGUAUAUAUCGAAAAUCGGUAAGUAUAAUGUGACAGUAUCUCUAACGACGAACUGUGGGUAUGUGCAUGAUUUGAGUGUGAAACCUAUAACAGGAGUGAAGAUAAUCUCCGCAACGGAAAAGGCACAUGAUUAAAACGAACAAGAUAUGUGUGUAUUAGAUAGUAUUUUCUCACUAUGACACAGUAAUAAUACGAUUUUCAAGCACAGUGGUGGGUGCCGAUUGCGUGCACUGUGUUCACUUAUAUAAAUUGACGGGUACAGAGAGAUGUUCCGUAUAGUAGUCUUGUAAUCAGCACAUGAGACAGUUCAUUCAGAAAACCAUGCGACAACACAUCACAAACCUCUUGUUCAUCUUGUGCGCGAUUUCGUUCGCAUGUCAGGCGGCGCAGUCUUAUAGGAUACUGGCCGUCGUCGCGACACCUUCGUACAGCCAUCAGGUCCCGUACUAUAAGUUGUGGAUGGAAUUGAAUAAACGCGGCCACGAAGUUGUGCUAGUGACCGCGAAUGUCAUACAGAAUUACAAUGGAACGAAUUUCACCCAGAUUGAUGUCAGCGACUCUUAUAAAAUAAUCAGGAAUAUCGACUUUGUCAAGCUUCGAAUGCAUGGAGACACUUGGAUUAAGUUGCUUGAGAUUGGAGUGUUGCCAUUAGCCGAUGGAACAGCGGAGGUAGUGUUUAAAAAUAAAGAGAUGCAAAAACUGUACGCACCCGACAGCAACGUGACUUUCGAUGUGUUCUUCACGGAGAUGUUAUAUGUGCCGGCACUAUACGCUUUAGCGCAUAAAUUCAACGCACCCAUGAUAGGGUUAAGCUCGUUAGGAAUUCUUAGCAUCAACGAACAUAUUUUGGGGGGAAUACCGUUGCCGUCUCACGAGUAUACGUGGGAAAUGGAAGCGCGCACGGGCUCGAACCUAUCAUUCCUGGAACGGCUAAGGAAUUUCGUGAUCUUGUGGAAGAACAUAUACGACUUAUAUCAUUACCAUUUUCCGAAACAUCAAAUAAUGGCGGAGAAAUAUCUCGGGAAACUGCCACCGUUGGAGGAUAUAGCGAGGAACACAAGUUUGAUUUUCAUACAACAAUCGGACGUUUUAACGCCAGCCAAGCCGAAGCUCGCUAAUAUGAUUACGUUCACUGCGUCUCAUGUCAGCCAAAAACCAACACCAUUGUCACAGGACUUGAAACAGUUUUUGGAUGAUGCUAAGGAAGGAGUCAUCUAUUUCAGCCUUGGCACCAAUGCGAUGAGCUCGGAUUUGCCAAUAGAACUUCAGCGCAUGUUCUGUGACGUGUUCGCGAAAUUACCAUACAGAGUUGUGUGGAAAUACGAAAAGGAAUUGCCUGGGAAACCCGACAAUCUUUACAUUGGACGGUGGUUACCCCAGCAAAGUAUCCUCGCUCACCCGAAAGUAAAGUUGUUCAUUUACCAAGGAGGCUUACAAAGCAGCGAGGAGGCUAUAUACAACGAAGUACCGGUUAUUGGUUUUCCCGUACUGGCUGAUCAGGAUUACCAAGUAGGUAGGAUGGAGGCUCUGGGUAUUGGAAAGCGUCUCGAGUUAACGACUGUGAUGAGAGAAGAAUUCGAAAACGCCAUUCAAGAGGUCAUAACUGACACACAAUACAAAGAAAGGAUGAAACACAUAAAGAAAGUCGCAAAGGACAUACAAAUCGAUCCGGUGGAGAAUCUUGUUUGGUGGACGGAGUAUGUGAUCCGAACGAAAGGCGCGCCGCAUUUGCGAUCGAAUUUAGCUUGGCAACCUUGGUAUAAGAGAUAUGAUACCGAUAUCAUUGUAUUCUUAACUAGCAUCGCAGUGAUAAUUAUCUUAAAUGCAAUUAACUUAACGGCCAAGCUAUUCGUGUUUAUUCAUAGGAGACUGCAGUUUGUUAAUACUAGCAAGCAGAAACUAAGUAUUACAUUGUGCAAAUGUAAUAUUAGCAUUGUUCCACGGGACUCGCCAAGGAACCAUAAAAAUAGAAUUUUCCUCAGGAAACCGUUACAGUCUCAAGGACAACAGACCAUCCUACGUAAAAAGACAACUAAAAACCCAUUACACAAAACCAUGAGACUCGACGCGAGCAUCGCACUCUUCGCUCUGUGGCUCUUCCCUUGGCGGUCGCAGAGUGCUAGAAUCUUGGCAGUGUUUCCGGUGCCAUCCUACAGUCAUCAGGUCCCGUUCCAGCCGCUAUGGCUUGAACUAAGUCGACGGGGUCACGAGGUCGUCCUCGUUGCGACCGACUCAAUCCACAACGCGAAUACCACCAAUCUGAGGCAGAUCAACGUCGGCGGCUCGUAUGCCAAGUACAAAGAGAUCAGCUACGUCCAGAGACGACUGAAUAAGUUGUCCUGGAUGGAGCUGGUAGAAGACAGAAUUGUGGAUCUGUCGCUGAUGUUCACUGAACACACACUGAGCAACUCGGAACUGAUGAGUUUAUACGCUUCUGAUAGUAAACAGACGUUCGACUUGGUCUUCAUAGAAAUGUUCUUCACGUCUUCAAUUUACGCGCUUGCUCACAGAUUUAAUGCCCCUACUAUAGGACUAAGCUCAUUGGGAUUACCCGCAUCCGAGGCUUACACGCUGGGAGACCUGGUAUUGCCUUCGCAUGACUCUACGUGGGAGAUGGAAGCGAACGUCGGCACGGAUCUAUCGUUUUGGCAGAGGGUGAAGAAUUUCUGGAUCCUGUGGCACUGGAUUUACGUGUCGUACCGUGAUCUCUAUCCCCGUCAUCAGGAGCUAGCGGAAAAAUAUUUCGGAACGCCGUUGCCACAGGUGGUCGAUCUUAUGAGGGACACCAGUCUCAUAUUCGUCAACGAAGAUCCAGUCAUGUCCUACGCUCGCCCGAACCUCGCCAAAAUAAUCAGGUUUCAUUCCAUCCACGUUUUCAAAAAUCCGGAACCUCUACCCCAGGAUAUAAAAAAAUUUGUCCACAACGCAACGGACGGCUUUAUUUACUUCUGCAUGGGUACUAACGCGCGUUUCACGGACCUGCCAGAGAGGAUUCAACACAUCUUCUACGACGUGUUCGCGGAACUCCCUUACAAGAUUGUUUGGAAACUCGAGAAGCCGCCGUUGCGAAAGCUUGACAACGUUUAUGUCUCAUCAUGGUUUCCCCAACAGAGUGUGCUCGCUCAUCGCAAUAUAAAACUGUACAUAUAUCAAGGAGGUUUGCAAAGUACACAGGAGGCUAUUCAUUACACGGUGCCAGUUCUUGGUUUCCCGGUAUUGUCCGAUCAGGAAUUUCAGUUGAAGAAAAUAAAAAGUCAAGGCAUAGGGAAUCGUUUAAAUUUUGAGACUUUGACGCGAGACGAGCUGGAAGCAACGAUUCGAGAGGUGAUAACCAAUCAGAAAUAUAAGGAAAACAUGAUUAGAGUUCGAAAUCUUAUGAAAGAUACACCAUACGACUUAGUGGACAAUCUUGUUUGGUGGACAGAGUAUGUAAUUCGCAACAAAGGUGCCUCGCAUUUUCAUAGCAGUUUAGCGUGGGAACCGUGGUACCAUUACUGUGAUAUGGACAUUGUAACAUUUUUAGCAAUAGCGUCAUUCAUAAUCGUGUUGCUCACGUUUAAAAUAUGCGCGAAGCUGCUUGCGUGGCUAUUAAAACUACGGCAAGAUAGACGCGUCGACGUUGAUAAGAAAAUAAAUUAAUUAAACUACCAGGAAAUCUUCAUAAUUUGUAGUUUUGUUAAUUUGCAUUUUGCAAUUUAGUUCAUUAUAUUUUCCAUAUUUGUUAAUGGACAAUUAUGUACAACGCACGUAUAAGUAAAGAUAAAGCAUAAGUCAAUUA